AUGGCAGAACCUAUGAGAAAACGAAUUGCAGCAAUUGCUGUCUUCCUUUUGUUUAUAUACGUUACUGAUGAGCUUUUUAGUCCUCACAACAAAAGAUUGAGGCACCCCACCACCAAACAAAACUCAGAAACACUUGAAACGUAUAAUGUUACAAUUGAAGCACAAGAAUAUGAAUCUGAAGCGUUAAAAAGGGAUUAUUUAGGGACAUGACAGUCAUUUUCAAAUGGCAAAGCACUUGACUUAUUUGAUUCUGCAAAAGGGAGAGCGCUCUAUAAACAUUUUAAAGAUAAUUCAAACCAUACCAUAAAUCGAUUCAUUAUGUGUGAUGGAAUGUGAGAAAGCGAUGACAAAUAUAUGCUGAUUACCAAGGGAGCGCAAUUUAAUGAGAGUACACAAACAAUUGUGAGCAAUAAUGGUAUAAUUAUAAUUCCUAGCAACUAUAAAAAUAUUACUAUAUGUGAAGGAGCCAGCAAAAUUGUAUCAGAAAAAGACAAAAAAGAGAAAUACAAGAUGCAGAUUUCGAUGAAAAGCAAUAAUUGUACUUUAGACUUAAAUUUUAAGCUAGAAGAACAUACAAAGAAUGAACAAUUGUCUGAGGCUUUACCGUAUAUUAUUUUAGUAUCAACAACAACGAUAAUGCUUAUUGUAGUUUUUGCUAAGCAUACUAAGGACUGUUUUGCAGAGAGUCAUGCUAAGAAAACAUCAAUAGUCACUCUGGGUAUGCAAGCAGCAAUGGAUUUCUUUAUGUGUAUUUGAAAUAUAAGGCUGACUUUUGAUCACCCAAAAUGUUUUGACUAUUUUACCAUAGCAUCAAUUUUGUCCUUUUCUCUAUUUGUUAUAAUUCAAGGAAGACUGCUGCAAUUUGUGUGGAGGGCUCAACAUACAGAACUACUAGACAUAAGCACAGAGACUUUUAGAAGAAAUUAUGCCAUUUUUCAGUCCCGAUUUCUUUUACUGGUCACAAUUAAAACGGAGGUUCCGAUAUAGGAGGCAGUUGGGAAAAAGAGUGCUCAUUGAAGCUGGAGGUGAGUAGAAAUUUUAACGGUCCUAAAACUGCCAAUCCGUUGCUCAGAGCGGAAGUCUUAUCUACGUAGAAGACUUAAGAAAACAGAGAGUUACUUAUGAAUUAUCUUAAUAACUAGCUAUCUUUUACUGGUUAUGGUAUCUGUCAUUUUGUCAACAAUUUUUGAGUCUAUGUUUUACGUCACAAUUUUUAUUUUCCACAGCUUUUUUAUCCCUCAAAUAAUUCACAACGCAAGAUAUGGGUACAAAAACUCAUUCAGGAAGUCUAUGCUAUACAUAAUCUUCAUUUGUAGAACUUCUAUUGUACUUUAUGUGUUUGGCUGUCCAAAAAAUUAUUUUGUAUAUGAGCCGAAGCCAUUAUAUUGCAUUUCACUUGUCACCCACCUUACGAUCCAAUUUUUGAUUUUAUUGAAACAAAGUUCAUCAGGGACAAGAUUUUUUAUACCGAAAGCACUGAGACCAGCUGCAUAUAGCUACUAUAAAACCCCUGAAGAAGAAAGAAUCAUUGAAGCCAAUACAGACUGUAUCAUUUGUAUGACACCUUUGAAUUUGCAAGGCAAAGAAAUGCAUGACGUGGUCGAUUUUACGAAAACUAUGCAUACACCUUGUAACCAUAUGUUUCAUCAAGAUUGUUUGACGAACUGGAUGACGAUAAAGAUGGAAUGCCCUACAUGUAGAGGAACGUUACCUCCAUUAGAUGAAUGGUAA